AGUGAAAUGCGACGGGAAUAUGCUUCGGAUUUUGGACCAUCCAUGAUUUACUCAGGAGCACUCAAUAAGUACCAACGCACACACCUUCCUCGAGACUAUCAAACUCACUUUCAAAACCCUCUUUCCUCAUUUCUCUGUCUUUCUCUCCCUGCGGAGUUACCCAAACGUGGAAAUGAGGAGCUCACUAUUCAGAUCCGUCAAAACCCUAACAAACUCUACCUCUUCUUCUCACCUCCUCCGUCGUGGCUAUGGCUCUGAGGCCGUCCCCGAUCGGAAGGUCGCUGUCCUUGGUGCCGCCGGUGGAAUUGGUCAGCCAUUGGCUUUGCUCAUGAAGCUUAAUCCUCUCGUAUCUAACCUUGCUCUCUACGAUAUUGCUAACACCCCUGGAGUCGCCGCCGAUGUUAGCCACAUCAAUACCAGAUCUGAGGUUAAAGGGUAUGUAGGAGAAGAUCAAUUGGGGCAAGCCUUGGAAGGAUCUGAUGUUGUGAUCAUUCCAGCUGGUGUGCCAAGGAAGCCUGGAAUGACCCGUGAUGAUCUGUUCAACAUCAAUGCUGGAAUUGUUAAGGGACUCUGUCAAGCAAUUUCCAAGUACUGUCCUAAUGCACUUGUUAAUAUGAUUAGCAACCCUGUGAAUUCGACUGUGCCCAUUGCAGCUGAAGUUUUCAAAAAGGCAGGAACCUAUGAUGAGAAAAGAUUGUUUGGUGUAACAACCCUUGACGUUGUUAGGGCCAAGACUUUCUAUGCUGGAAAGGCCAAGGUUCCAGUUGCAGAGGUUAAUGUACCAGUUGUUGGUGGCCAUGCCGGCAUCACCAUUCUUCCACUAUUUUCACAGGCCACACCAAAAGCCAAUUUGUCAAGUGAAGAUAUUGAAGCUCUUACAAAGAGAACUCAAGAUGGAGGGACGGAAGUUGUGGAAGCAAAGGCUGGAAAGGGCUCUGCAACUCUGUCAAUGGCCUAUGCUGGAGCCAUCUUCGCUGAUGCUUGCUUGAAAGGACUGAAUGGAGUUCCAGAUGUUGUGGAAUGUACAUUUGUGCAAUCAAGUGUUACUGAACUUCCAUUCUUUGCUUCGAAGGUGAGGCUUGGAAAGAAUGGUGUGGAGGAAGUUUUUGGGUUGGGCCCUCUUUCUGAGUAUGAGAGUGCUGGCUUAGAAAAGUUGAAGCCUGAGCUUCUGGCAUCUAUUGAGAAGGGAAUCAAGUUCGCCAACCAGUAAUGCAGUUUACUUAGCUGGUAGUCAUGUGUUCCCUCCAUCAUAAUCACAUACAAAAUUUUUGCUUUCUUUUUCAUGUGUUGUAUUCAUUGCUGCUAACUUCGGCAGCCAGCACCGGCUUUACUAUUUGAGGUAGAGUAGGCUUUUUUUUUCAUUAACUGAAGUUUUCAUCAAUAAUACCCAGUGGAAUGUAAUGGGAGGGUUUCAAUAGCAACUUGAAUCCAAUUUAAAAAAUUUAGAGACAAAAAGUUAAUUGUUCAUGUGUCUGUCACAAGUAUAUGAUGCUAUGCGAUCCACUUAAGUAGGGAAUGCGUGGAAAACUAUGAAAGUGGACUUGGCAAAAGUACUUGAUGGA